CAGUCUGAUCUUCAUCACCUUCCUCAGAUUGAUUUCUCUCCUUGCACUAAGAUCCAAAGGCUAGCUCGAAACAGAUUUCGUUGACUCCUUUUCCUCGCUUUCCCUUUCUCCUUUAGGUGUUUGGUAUUAGAUCAAACUGCUAGUUUUGAAGCCCAGCUAGCUUUGGAGGGUGGAUUUGAUAGAGAGAACUAAAGAUGGGUUUGAGUACAAAGCAAGUUUCAAACGAUGGGUUUGAUUGGAACCAGUCUUUAUUGCAGGAUCACCACCAAACCCUAGAGAUUCCCAAAUCUCUUCCAAUGAAGAGGCCUCUGCAACACCAGAACCAGCUUCAUCAGCCAUCAGAGCCAUUGAAGUGUCCCAGGUGUGACUCCACAAACACCAAGUUCUGUUACUUCAACAACUACAACAAGUCACAGCCCAGACACUUUUGCAAGACCUGCAAGAGGCACUGGACGAAAGGCGGCACCCUCCGCAACGUCCCAGUGGGUGGCGGUCGAAAGAAUAAGCGUCCGAAACCCUCUCAACCCUCCUCCGCAGUGGCGAAUUCCAGUUCUGCCACCUCACGCAGCACCUUGACCGCCAACGCCGCCGCCGCCGCCACCUCUGAUGCCCCCGUUCAAGCUCGUGAAAAGCAAAAAUUUCAAGAUCUUCAAAGUGAAGUUUGUGAUCAGAAAAACUUGAAUGAAAUGAUCUAUCAGGCAUUGAUUUUUCAACCACCUCCACUCGAUAACUUAUGCGGCAACAGUAACGUCUUUUUGGGCUCAUCACUCUCUGCACCUGAAAGUGCAAGUGCGAAUCUUCACUUCCCUUUGCUUCAAAGCUCAAGCCCUUUGGUGAGAGACAAUUGCUCUUUGACACCGAUCUCGUCCUUCGGCUUCUCAUCGACUGCGGAUGCUCAAACAAGAGAAUACAAGCCAGUUCUUGAGGAUUGCUCAACAAUCAACACCACCAGUGUCCUGCCCACCUCAACAUGUACUCAGCCAUGGAAUUUCGGCAAUAUUGGCAUGGAGGUGAUCAACAACACCAGUCAUAACUGGGUUUGGGAUGAGAUGGAUAAGUUGGUCUCUACCAAUCUGAGUUUUCCGAAUUGGGAUGAUGUUGAGAACAAACCACUGUGAGGGCAGCUUAGUUUUUCACUAUACAUAACCUUGGUUUUUCUUUUCUUGUUUCUUUUGGGAUAUAUCAAUGGUAUGAUUGAUGUUUUUGAAUCUCUAGAAUUAAACUGUCUGUCUGUGACUUAAUUCUUAUAACUUGUAACAAAUUUAGGCAGAGAGAUAGACUAGACUGUUUGAAGCCGUCUAUUUUAGUGCCUGCAUCUCCAGGUCUCUCUCUCUCUCUCUCUCUCUCUCUCUCUCUCUCCAUUCAUGUAAGCAAAGCUGUGUAUGCACGUGAGUGCAUGCAUGUGCAACGCAAGAAUUAAUAAUGUAUAAUUUGAGUUGAGAUGGGGUUUGGUUUUUCAGAUGAUUUUUCUUUCCUGGGGAAUGUCUGUGAUAUUGUGGAUGGUGAUAGGAUGGUGAUUUAGAUGAGUAGGGUCUUCCUCCAGCUGGAGUGGACUGACAAAAUGAGAUAGGAAGAUUCUUUAUGGAUAUGUGUAUUCCAAGUAUAUAUUUUGUCUUGAAUAAUUGAAUCUUGCGAGAAGGGUUUUGUUUA